AUUUUUGGUUGGAGAAGAUCACAAUACAGUCAGUAGGUCCAUAAUAUGAUGAAGUUUUCCUCUUGAGUCAUCGUGAUCGUGUUGCCCAUCACCGUGUCCAUCCUACGAACAAUUGCCCGCUCUUUCAUCUUUGCCUGACCUAAAGAAGAACGUGUUUGAUUCCUGGAACUAAGUGAAAAUGGCGUCUUCCAAGAAGUCUCGAAACUCCCGUGCCAUUAACUUGGUAUCAAGAAUGGAAAAGACCCCGACGAUGAGCUUGAAAGAUAUCAAAAAAUUCGCUGCUUCCCACCCCAAAGACUUCGAUGUGAAUGGUCGAAACAAGCACGGAAAGACUGCCUUGAUGUUUGCUUGUGGAAGUCGUAACACCGAACUGGUUGCGUUCUUACUUGAUCAGGGUGCCGAUCCGAAUUCUCAAUGUGAAUGUGGUAAUUCACCAAUUUAUUUUGCCGUCUUUGAUACCUGCUGCUAUAGUAUCUAUGAGUUUAAACAUGCUUAUUCUCUAGUUCCUGGUACAAUAGAAAGGAAGGUAGACAUUCUCAGACUACUUAUCGACCAUGGAGCAACUCCAAUGUGUAACUCCAAAGGUUUGGACCCGUGUUGUCUGGCAGCAAUGUGCAAGCAGUCAGACUUGGUGAACUUUUUCCUCCAGAGGAAUACAAGGUAUAUGCAGCUGUCAGAUGAAGAACAGAUACGAGCUCUAGAAAUACUCGGGGUGACCGUUAUUUUAGCUGAAGAUUAUUCCCUUGAUGGAGACGUUGAAAGUGCGUACACGUAUUUAUCUAGAGCUAAAUCUAUUCGCAAGAAAAUAUCCAGUGCUUCUUCUGAGGAAAGAAGAAAAUACACCUUCUCAAACGGCUUUUCCAUUUUUUCAGGAAUGGAAGUUGAUUUUGAAGAAUGGAGGAGUAGUCAGUUUGACAAGUGGAAUAUAAUUACCCAAGCAUUCUUGAUAGCAGAAAGGACUCUACCAGAGAACAUUGUAAUGGACUACUUCGUGCCGAAACUUCUUUUGCACGCCCGAAGUGGUGUAUUUCAUUAUCGCAGGGACAUCGAGAUGAAAGCACUUCAGAUCUUCAAGGAUGCAGUUCAGUUGGAACAACAAUCGAAGCUCAAGAUUGGUUCAGUGAUAGGGUGUAUCCUUGAAGGCUUGCGAGGAGUAGAUGUGAAAUUUUGGAAAAAUUAUGACGUGAAGGAGUGUAUUUCAAUCAUGAACUCUUGCUUGCCAAUAUUUGAAAGCGCUCCAAGACGUAUUGUUAGAAAGGCACAGGAAGAAAUGCUGAAGUGUCUUGGUUCGGACUUGAUAGCGAUUGCAAUGUCCAGCUGCCCCGAAUCAACAGAGACAUUUGAAUCGUUACUGACGUUUGCAGAACAAUUUGUGAAAACCAUCAGAAAGAAAUGUAAAGGAUGUAAUGUCACAUCUGUCAGCCAUGAUAUCAUCGUACGAUGUCGGAAUUACUUACUAGAUAGAAGAGUACGUGUCAAUGACACAAAGUUAAAGCGUUUGAAACGAUUGAUUUCAAGGUUAGUACAGUGUGAAGAUGCUACCCAUCGGAAUAUUGACAGGAAUACAAUGCUUCAUUCCUUGAUGAAAAUGCACCUGAGUAUAUAUCCGCAGUUUCUGAAGGAUGUGGCAUUGGUUCUCAUUCGGAAUGGAUGCGAUCCAAAGAAGAGAAACAAUCGCCAUGAAACAUGGGAAGAGGUGAUUGAUUAUUUGCCGUACACAUUGACUCCAGAGUUCAAAGAUCUCAAGGAGAUAAUUACGUCUCAAAGUCAUUCGGUCUUACCUCUCGAGGAAAUCGCCUCAAGGACCAUUCUCCGUCAUCACAUCACCCAUGAGGGCGUCCUACCUAAGAAUCUUUCUCGCAUCGUAACUGGAGAUCUUUGGCCACCAGACAGCUCUAAGUCGGACUUGGAAGGCGGCAGAGAGAGAAAUGAAGAUCGUGAUCUGGACUCGGAUUAUGAUAUUGAUCUGGAAUGCGAACCGGAAAGCGAUUCAGAGUAUGAUUCACACAUGUAUUUUGAUUCAGACUCUGAUUCAGACUUCUUUUUUCAUUCUAUGAGCCGAUAUGGUUAUUAUGAGGGAAGUUCUUCUGAAUUUUAUGAUUGAGACUCAUGUUCAUCUGAUGCUUCUUCUCCAUUUAUAUUUCUAGAGGCGAAUAAUGAUAACAAAACGAAGAGAGCGGGAAUUUGGAGACAUCAUAACACCAGAGCAGAACUAGACGAAUGUGACGCUUGUAAGGGCCUAUAUACGAAUUCCCGAAUGCUAAUCACUUGGUCACUCUUUAUGGUCAAGGAUUGUUUGGAUUCUUGUGUUUAUUCUACGCCCAUAGCUUUAAUAAUUGGCGUCGGGUUGUUGUUGUUUCGACCGGGUCUAAUAAUUCCCAGACCCUACCGUGAUAUAUUCGUUAAUUGUUAUAUUUUUGUAUUUUGUCUGUUAUUGCAGUUUUAAAAAUUCAUUUCAUACUUCAUAAUGUUUUUCAUUCUAAAUUUUAUUUCAUCUUUUUUUUGGGGGGGGAGCAAUGAGUUUAAUUGGUAGCACAGUCCGUCAUAGAGUAGUCGAAAUUAGUAUAAAAAACAACAUUUUAAGGGGUUCUGGUCCAGGAAUUCAGUGUCCUGUUUAUGUACCCUGUAGUGAUUGAGAGACAUCUUUUUUAACAAGUACAUUUUAUGGAAAUUACAUAGAAAAAGUUACUAUCAAAUGCAACUGUCAUCAAAUUGAAAUACGUCCGUUUUGAUUUUUAACAAAAUCUUAAGUGUGCAUUCAGGAAUUGUCCUUCAUUUUUUGUUACUUGCCUUUUAUGUUAAAUCUCUGUCAUGAUACAAAGUGAAAACAAAUUGCAUACAAAUCGUCAACCCUGUUUAUUUUAUAUAAAGCAAAAACAAAACAAAAAAAGAUUACAUACAAACAAGAGAACCUAUGAAUGAAGGUAUUACCUUAGAUUAAAAAAAAAAAUAUUGUGGCUUUUCGAAGCUGCCCCAAAUUAUGUCAUGUUAUCAAAAAUUCCGUAAAUUCCCAUUUUUUCCAUACUUCAUUAUAACUGAAAAGAAAAUUCUGAUACAAUUGUCGAUGUAAUCGUACGUUUGAUUGAAUUGAAAAUGAUGAAUGUACUGUUUUUCAGUUAUCUGGAAAUAACAUUUUAUGAAUUUUAGAACAAAUAAUUAUGACAGAGCUAUUCGUAUUUGACGUCACAAAAUUAAAACAUAUCAAUUUAUUUAUUUAUUUAUUUAUUUUGUUUUAUUUACCCAGGGUAGUCUCUUCAGUAUACAACUGCUUUACAAGAGAGCCCUGUUCAAAUGUUAACAAUAAAAUAUUACAAUAUCAUACAAUGUAAAAAGAGUAAAACAUUACAUACAACAUACAGAGAAAACAACUAUAAAAACCAGAGAACAACAAAUAAUACCAGCAUGAUAAAAAUAGAAAUACUAAAAAUAGAGUAAUACAAUAAAAUCAAUUAACGCCAGUUAUGUCAUAAUGGCGGUCUUAUCCUCGAUUUUUUUUUAUUAACAUCAAGU